AUGUCUCAUUUGAUAGGCGAUCGACUCUUUUGGGCCCCGUUACGAUCCGAUGUACAGAAAGUGCUCGACCUGGGAACGGGGACCGGCAUCUGGGCCAUUGACUUCGCCGAUACGUUUCCAAGCGCUGAAGUAAUCGGUACUGAUCUAAGCGCCAUCCAGCCAAACUGGCUGCCGCCCAAUCUGAGGUUUGAGAUUGAUGAUGCGGAGGCCGAUUGGACCUGGGAACCUAGCGCCUUCGACUAUAUCCACAACCGCAACUUCGUCUGUGCAAUACGAAACUGGCCGAAGCUCGUCAGACAAUGCUUCGAUUUUGUGAAACCCGGCGGCUGGUGCGAAUUCCACGAGAAGCAUCCUUGGUUCCUCAGUGACGAUGGCACUCUGUCAGAGGACCAUGCCUUGUACAAGUGGGGCAAAAAUUUCUUCGAUGCCAGCGUCAAUUUCGGCACUGAUGCAAGGGCACCACAGUUCUUGAAGCAGCAAAUGCUGGAAGCAGGCUUUGUGAAUGUUGAACAGCACAUACUCAAGCUCCCUGUGGGGAGCUGGCCUAAAGACCCCAGAUUGAAGAGAUGCGGUCUGUUCGAGACGGUCAAUAUGACAGAUGGCAUCUCGGGACUCACGACGAUGCUAUUUACGCGCGCCCUGGGUUGGACCCGGGAAGAAGUCGAAGUCUUCCUCACCGAGGUAAGGAAAGAAGCUAAGGAUAGGCACAUCCACAGCUACUACCAUUUGUAA